ACAACUAUCAUAAGGGGUGAUAUGAGUUCAUGGCAGUUGGUCAGCCUGAUUACGGUGACAUUACAUGUAUCUUUGGCAAAUACUACUAAUAAGGUGAAAUGCGAAUACUUCGUACCUGGUACCCACCCUUCAGUGCAGCCGGACACGUAUUGUUCACGUAUAGAAUUCGAAUGGAAUUGUUCUAACGCUAUACCCGGGACAACCUGGCACUUCUUAGAAGGCUACAUUGGGCUAGGUCGCUGUUGUGAACCCGUUUAUGGAUGGAAUGGAACAUUUAUAAUAUGUGAUAGAAAUGGAGAAGCCGACAAACUGACCCCCUGUGAUGAGGGACGACAUAACUACAACCAUCCCUUCUCCUCCGCGGAUACUGUUUACGGGUAUGAACACCCAGACACGGUAUGCGAAGUACAGGGUGCCUUAAAGGGGAUGGACAGACCACAUGUUGUUUGGAAACAACACGAAUUUAUCAGCAGAAUUGGAAAUUCGAUCACCUUGAUAGUUACUUUUAACUCGACUACAGAGCCUGUUAAUGUUGGUUUACUCCACAACGAGGAACAAUUUCCCGUGCAGAUGUCGUACGACGUGUACACGGCUAGCCCAGAUAGGAAAGAUAAAUAUGUUGUACACAUUACUAUCAGCAACGUCACGACAGCAGACGGUGGACAGUAUCAAGCCGUAGUCACCAACAAACGGGCUAGUGGGUGGAGUGACAUAACUCAUCUUACAGUUAAGGACACGGGCAAGAUUAGUUCUGGCUCACAACCAAUCAGCGGCAACAUCUGACACAAUCAUUUAUUUUCUGUUACAACGACAAUAUGAUUUGUUUUCUUUCCUGAAAUACGGGGUAAUACUCAGUGAGAAAGGAUAAUUGUGACAGAUAAAACAAGACAAGAUAACAGUAUUUGUAAGUGGAACACAUGAAAGAAAAAAUCAGGACAUGAACUGUUUUCUGUUUUGUAUCAAUUUUCCACGAUUAAUGUACAAUAAUUUGUAACUGUGUUGACAGCUUUUGUUACAUGUGUGAUCAACUCAGGUCGCCUUGGUGAAAAACCUGGCGCAU